AUGCUUGGCCAUGAGUUUGCUCUCCAACGUAGCUCUGGCCGUCGUAACCCUUAUUGCGAAGUAUGUAUGAGUACAAUCUGGCGAAUGGUCCAGUCAUGGCGACGAUGUAAAGCAUGCGGUAUGCGAGCCCACGACAAGUGUGCAACUGAGGUGCAUCGAGUAUGUGCGGGUGUUGUCGCCUCUCGUCGAGAUUUCCGGCUGGCGUUGGCCAUCUGCGAGGAAAGGGGCCUAUGUGCGCAGGACUACGCUUGUGCCGAAUGUGAGACUCCGCUAGCUUACGAGGGCUGUGCCAAUAUGCAGCCUCGUCUCUGUGAAUAUACCGGAAUGUUGUUUUGUUCGAAUUGUCACUGGGGUGAUACCUGGUCAAUCCCAGCAAGAAUUAUUCACAAUAUGGACGCAAGACCACGGCCGGUUUGUCGUGCCGCAAAGCAGUUAUUGGCUAUUGUGGAUAAUAGACCAUUAAUUGACUUGUCUGAGGCACAUUCAUCCCUUACUAAAUACCACAAGGAACUGCGAAGGGUGCAGCAACUGCGACGGAACUUUUUAUUGAUGAAAUGUUAUUUUGUCAGCUGUCGGAAUGCGGCUAAACUACGUAUUCUGCAAUAUUUGAAUCGUCAUCAACACUACGUAGAAAAUUCGGAUAUGUACUCGCUGGCAGACGUAAGAGCUCAUAGC